UAAACCCUCGUCACCACCACCGGAGGGCUUCAUCGACUACCGAGAAAGCCAACCGCCGUGACCCAAACUCUAACUUUAACCCUAGAAAAAACCCGAUCCAAAAUCAGAUCACAAACCGCUCCAGAAAAGCCCAAAGACCUGGACCCACUUUAGCCGACAGCGCAAGACAUAGGGAGUCUUCACCCUCCGGCGACAAACUCGGCGACGGCGAAGCUGGCAAAGCCUUCGUCUCCCGAUAACAGAACCGACGUCGACGAGGCUGACUCAGCCUCCGUCUCUCGGAGAUAAAACACAAACUGGACAAAACGGACAGCUUCCCCGCGCCAACCUCAACGUGACCGCGCCGUUACUCCAGAACGAGAACCACCGUGGGUGCUUGUUUCAGAGCUAAGGCAAGGCGGAGAGGAGAGGAGGCGAGCUAGAAACGAGAACCACGAGCUUGAUUGGUCACACAAAGGAGCUCCGGCGACGGCACGCACGCUCACGUGCCGUCCGUCGCCGGAAAAAAACUAGAUCUACUUUAUCUCUCCUUCAGUCGUCUGAUUAGUCUCCGAGAUGCAAUUUAGAAACUUAUUGUUACAUAUUGUUACAUAAUUAUAUUAUUCAACGUUUACAAAAAUAAGAAUUAUGUAAGAAGAUAAUGAAGAUUUUUUUUUUUUUUGACAGAACAAUUAUUUAGCCAAUGUAAGCAAAAACAGAAAAGGAAAUGGACUUCAGAAAUGGAAACUUUGGGGAAAUCAAUUGAUUCAAUCACAAACGAAUCUUUUUAUCAUGAUCAUGGCCCUGCUAAUUAUAUGGGAUUUCCUUGAUUUAGUGGCUUAAUACGAUCAUUUAGUCAUCAAACUCAACUUCAUCAUUAAUACUUGCUUGGAAAGAAGUAAAAUAUCUGCAUGGUUUCCAUAUUAGAGUAGGAGAUAAUAUUUGAGAGUAUAUUUUCUUGCGUGUGCGAUAUAUAUAAACACAAAAAGAGGAACUCCAUUGUUAAAUCAAGAAAGAAACUUCAGAAACUAAGAGCUAUCAACGUUCCACAAGGUAUUUUUACCUUCUUUACUUUAUAUGAAUAUAUCUGUUAUUUUCCAUUAUUGAUUUCCAUUUCAUUGUAUAUAUAUGUCGUAGUUGGAUUUGGAAUUAUGCACAGACAAGUUUUAUAGGGUUUUGAUUAUAUAUGAUGUUACAUUUUAGGACUAUAAAUCUCAUUGAUCUAGCUCCACCAUUGUCUAUAUUCAAGAAACAUAUAAUUCACUUUGUGUUUGAAGAUGAUGAUAAUGAUAUGAUUAGUUGAUUACGGAGACUAAAGAAACUCCCUUCUAUCUACCCAAAUCUAGUGUUGAUGGGAGUCUUGAUAUAUUACAUGCCUCGUAAUCAAAAUCAAUAUUGCGUAUAGAAACCACAAUGAAAUGUUUAGUUGAAAGUUUUAUAUUUUUGUUUUGUUUACAUACUUUCUCUUUCAGUAUUUGAAUGGGUCGAAAAAUGGUGAAGAUGGCGAGAAUAACAAACGAGAAGACGAGGAUAACCACUUACAGGAAGAGGAAAGAAUGUUUGUUCAAGAAAGCCAAUGAGUUCUCAACACUCUGUGGCGUCAACACGUGUCUCAUCGUGUAUGGCCCGACCAGAGCAGGGGACGAGAGGAUCGACCACCCCGAGUUAUGGCCCAAGGAUGAGAGAAAAGUCAGAGAGAUCAUAACCAAGUACAGAGACACCGCCUCGAGCAGCUGCAUCAAAACCUACUCUGUACAAGAAUGCUUGGAGAAAAGCAAGAUCAAGUUGGAGAAAGAGAAGUAUUGUCCGUGGGACAACAAGCUCGAAAAGUGUUCUUUAAACGAGCUAUAUGCAACUUUCGUGACAGUCUGUAACAAGAUUCAAGAAGCUGCUAAUAGGAAGCAGACAUUUCCCGAUGCUUCUUGGUCUACUCAUCGUGACCAACUUGGUUUGAUAGGUUACAACCAGCCAUGUCUCGAGCAACACCAGUUGUUUCCUAUGUCUUCAAUGGAGCAGAACGGUUUCGCAUUUCUCCCGUUUCUUAACCAAAUGACCUCGACCUCGAACACCGGGGAAGUUGCGUCUUUCUCGAACGUGACAGAACCGGAGAUGACUCAAGCCAUGUUUUACGGAAGCUGUUCGGAUGGUCAGUACGCUCCGAUGGUACAGAAGACAGACUAUAUGGAACCAGUGCAGUGGGGUUUAGGGAACAGUAUGUUCAGCAACGUGAAGCCUUUCGCAGACUAUCCCAUGAGGUUUGGACAAGUUAAUGACUUGGAGAGUUCUGGUAAGACUCCUAUGUGAAACGUUUGUUUCUUUCCUUUGAUUGUUUAUUGAACUUCAAGAGCUUUAAAACUUAAUUAUAUUCUCAAGUUUUUGUUAGUUUGUGGAUUUGUUAUAAUAAAAAUCUCAUUCAGUUGGAAAGUUGUUUUAUUAUUGUUUAAAUUAUUUUUUUAAACAUUAGUUACCCUAUUAUUUACUAUAGUUAUUAGAAUUAUUUUAACUUUUAUGAGAAUUUCUGUCUAACAAAUCUAAUUCUCUGUAAAAAAAAAUUCUUGUACUAAAAUCCCUAAGUAAUUCAUGUUUGCUUACUUUUUAGAGUAUGGAAAGGAGAAGAGUUUGAAAGUAGAAUGAAUAUUCCUAUUACCGGAUAUUAAUUUGUUCCGUUUUACCUCCAGUCCUCCAAGUAAGCCCAUUUAUAUAAUUAGAGUUUUAGUUGUAGGCCCAUGAAACACCCGAAUGUUGUUGGAUCGUUUAGUUACUCUCGUAAGCC